UUCAAUCAACAAAGAAAGUGAACAAAAACUGUUCUUACAAAGAAGCGCUCUCUGUGUCUCUCUCUCUCUGAUCACAACGCACACGCACACGCGCGCGCGAUCCGACUUUUCCGAAAAGAUGCAUUGAAUUGAAGUGAGGUUUGAACAAAAUAUGGAGAGUUUGCCUGUGGAAAUCUGGCUUAAGAUUUUCUGUUUCUUGGAUUACCAGAACCUUGCAAUUGCACACCAAGUUUGCAGGAAGUGGAAGGGCGUGGCCUCCGACAACAAUCUAUGGUCUAACCUAUUCAAGGAAAGAUGGGGAGAAGAUCACGCCAUGUUCUACGCCCCUGUUGGUUCAAAAUCAUGGAAAGAUGUGUAUGAGGUUCAAGAUCGUUGUCAUAGAGUUGGAUUGGGCCUGAAGAUAAUAAGAGAAGGUGGUGACUAUUAUCUUGUUCACCAAGGUGAAAUUCAACGCUAUCUGGGUUCAAGGAGUCAAAGGAAAGGGACAAGUAGUUGUACUCUGAAUACAAAAAGAGAGUUCAAUGAUGAAGAAUCACAAGAAGAGGAAUCCCGUAGAGGGAUUUUAGACAAAAUUCUUUUCUUCAUUGGGGAUUUGGAGGUUGCCUCCACAGAUGCAAAACGUUGCCGGGAGCUAUAAAUGGAUUUCAAGGCAUCAACUCAGAACACUGUAAAAUUUCUGUAUGUAUAUAUGUGUUGCUCUGGAACAUAGUCAUUGUGGUUUGAAUAAUAAUAGGUUUGGAGGUAAUGGAGGGUUCAUAUUUUAUUCAUUUUCA